AUGUCCGACUCCGAAGGCGACACUGGUACCCCCGCCCACCCAAAAUGGGAUCCUCCCACGGGUGUUGUCGACGACAAUGGAACUUUUUUACUCCAGACCGUUGAUAUGCUGAGGCUCAUGAAGUUUAUCUGGAGCGGAUGCCUUCUUCCCACUACCCGAGCCCAAUAUGCGCUCCGUUUAUCUUUUGACUGGUCUGACAUCAAUUCGGAUGUGAGCAACGAGAUUGAUAAGAUGCUAAGCACUUACAAGGAGGUGUACAACCAUACGUCGAACUUCCGCGACCAUACGUACAGUAACAUGGUUGAUUUGGCCGAUUCGGUCUAUAAUAUUGCCACGACCGCCGGGGGGAAGAAAGAUGACUCUUACUACAAAGCCAUGAUGAAAUAUGUGAAAGAGUACUAUGAAGAGCUGAACGGGCAGAAAAGACCAGACAAACUAAAGGAGCUCAAGGACGGAAUCUUAUACCUUAUCAAAGCCAUGACAACGAUGAUUGAUGGCCUUUUAACGUCAAGCAAGCAAGUCAAACAGGACCUUAUUGACUUCGAGAAGACAAGCAAAAUCGACGAAACAAACUUGAUAGCUCACAAUACAGCAUUGGGAAAGCUACUCGAAGGAGACAACGGAGAGAUAAAAAAACUGCAGAGGGAGAUUCUUGAUAAAAGAGAGGAGUUGAAAACUGAUCAGAGCGAAUAUGAUCGAGGUAAUUUCCCAAUCGGGACUAUUGCUGGCGCAACGGUCAUCGGAGUUUAUACCGAUAAGAUCAACAAGCUCAGGAAGCAAAUGAACGAUAUCCAGGACCUAAUCGAUAGUGACGAGGCUAAAGUGCAAGCAGACAAGCGUCUGGCUGCGGACAUUGGGGGGAUGCAGAAAGAUAUAACUGGCCUGAUUAGCAUGAUCAACCCGGCCAUGAAGACCAUCGAAAAGCUCGAAGGCUGCUGGCAAAAGAUCUCAGGCGAUCUCUCGGGCCUUGAAACUCUUAUAUCGCAACAAGAUACCGACAACAUCGCACCUUGGUUGGCGGAAAAGCCAAUGCAGAAGAAGGUUCUGCACAAAUGGAAUGCGCUUGCGAAAUACGUGGACAAGUAUCGCCAAAUUGCACGUAUGGACCAGCCUGAGAUUACGGAUCUUCAAGGGUACCUCAAUGCUCUGUAA